GAGGAGUAGUAGACAUGUGCUCUUCUUCCUCGAUUGUUUAAUACAUUUACAUUUUGUCUUUCUUCCCUUCCAGAAUUCUAUAUCAUUUGACAAUAUACUAUUCAGGGCUCGGGGACGCGGACUGCGAAAUCUUUAGCAACUCGAGACGGUAUCUAUUGUCCCCAUUUUUUGCACACUUUUUUUUCCCCCCCUUUGGAGACCAGAGCCCCGAUAUAAAACGUCAUUUUGCCGUCACGCCAAUCAGACAAAUCAAAACCCUCGAUCCACCAUCUCUAUUCUCUUUUGUCAUAGAUAAAUAGUCCACAUCCGUGUGGCGUGUCGACCUCACAGAAUUGGGGGGCUUUCUCAGACAAGGCUCUGAAAGGGGAGAGAACCAGUCGGGUUAGCUGAUAUGGCUGAGGAUCACUCUCAACGCAACUGGCGGGCGACAGCAGACGACGCGCAACAGAGCAGCGGUGGAAUCAACAGCGGUGGAAUAGGUUCGCACAGCGACGACAGCGACCGGCUCGAACAACCAGUACAAGAAAAGGAGGCUGAAAUACCCAUAUCUCAAUAUUUCGAUCCCAAUUCAAGCCACGGGCAGAAGGAAAUGGGAGCCAACCCCGAAGGCGGGCCGUCGAGGACGGACUCAGCCUUGACCAGGCACGACACCGUCACGACCAGCAGAACCAUCACUCUUGACCGCCAGCCCAGCCUGACCAACACGGUGUCGCGAGUGCCCACGGCGACGAAACCGCCGACCUUCUCCACGGCGCACGAGAUCCUCUUCAUCGCCGUCAUCAGCUCGGCACAGCUCCUGACCCAGUCAGCGCUGGCGCAGUCCAUCGCCCCCUUGCACGUCAUCGGCCGCACCUUCAACACCACCAACCCAGGCCAACUGUCGUGGCUCGCGGCCGGCUACUCCCUGACCGUGGGGACGUUCAUCCUCCCCGCGGGCAGAUGGGGGGACCUGUACGGACACAAGCGGCUCUUCAUCGGCGGCUACUUCUGGUUCGCCGUGUGGUCUAUGGUCGCCGGCUUCGCGGCCUUCUCGCGCUCCCUGAUUUUCUUCGCCUUCUGUCGCGGCAUGCAAGGCAUCGGCCCCGCCAUCUUGCUCCCUAACGGCAUCGCCGUGCUGGCCCGCACGUAUCCGCCCGGGAAAAAGAAGAACAUGGUGCUCAGCAUCUUCGGCGCCACCGCGCCCGUGGGCUUCGUCGUCGGCGCCGUCUUCUCGGGCAUCUUCGCUCAGUUCGUCUGGUGGCCCUGGGCAUACUGGGUCUUGGCCAUGGUGCUGGCCCUGCUCGGGGUCUUGGUCAUCUUCGUCGUCCCUGCCAUGCCGGUCGCGGGGCCGUCGGCGACUUUCCACGAGCUGGACGCCACCGGCACCGUGCUCGGGGUGCUGGGUCUGAUUUUCUUCAACUUUGCCUGGAACGAAGGUCCCGCGGCUGGAUGGGGCAAGGUUUAUGUUUAUGUCCUGCUGAUCGUCGGCGUGGUGUUGCUGGUCGCUUUCUUCUGGUUUGAGAAGAAGAGGGCCACGUUCCCGUUGCUGCCCAUGUCGUCGUUCACAAUGGACACAAAUCUUGUUUUCGGAUGCGAAGCACUGGGUUGGAGUUCGUUUGGGGUCUGGGUAUUCUAUCUAUGGCAAUUUCUGGAGCUCGAAAGGGGUCAAUCCAUUCUGCUCUCAGCUGCCCAGCUCGUUCCAACGGCAUUGUCCGGAUGCAUGGCAGCGAUAACCACCGGGCUUUUGAUCGCCAAAAUGCAGCCGGGAUGGAUCAUGCUCAUCAGCAUCAGUGCGUUCUUGACCGGAAUGAUCCUGCUUGCCACAAUGCCGGUGCACCAGACCUACUGGGCGCAAACUUUCGUAGCGACCGUCAUCACUCCCUGGGGCAUGGAUAUGUCGUUCCCGUCCGGAAAUAUUGUGCUGUCUGACCAUAUGCCGCCCGAGCACCAAGGACUGGCGGCAUCCCUUAUCAACACGGUCAUCAAUUAUAGUAUUUCAAUCGGCUUGGGCAUGGCGGGCACUGUUGAAGUAAAUGUGAACUCCGGCGGCCGUAACCAGCUGCAAGGCUAUCGUGGAGCUUGGUAUCUGGCAAUUGGAUUUGACGGACUGGGCAUCUUGUGCGCCAUAUGUCUGAUUCUUUCUUGGAGAGCGCGGGUCAAGGGUAAACAAAAGGUCAACAAUCAGAAGGAGGUGGACUUGGCGUAAUCUAGUGUUUUCAAUUGUUUAGCUGUCAACAGCUCCAUCCAAGUCCUUGGUCAGCUGCAACUUGGUCCAGUUCCGUCAUACCGUCACCAG